UUGUUCCUAAACAGGGAAUGGAUUUUUAGUAGAAUAAAUGGAGACAAUAGAGAUGAGUGGGCGUUUACACAACUUCAUGCCCGAAGGCAAUACAGCGUAACGUCUUGUGCAAUACAAGAGAUAGAGAGCAAGCGCUAUUCCAUUCUGGAAGCCAACAUACUAACACGUAUUACGAUGUGCAGUGGCCUGCAUCAUGUGGAGAUCUGUGUAGGCGAGGAAAAGGAUCUGCUAAAUACAUUAAUUAAAAGCCUUGGUUUUACUUUGAUAGCAAGGCAUUUCACUCCACUGUCAACAAAGUGGGCACUGAAACAUGGCUCUGCUGUAUUUGUCAUUACAAAGAGAAAGAAGGACCACAAACAUCAGAAUGGUGUGACUGAUGACUUCAUUGGUAAUAUUGACCAAGGAAAAAAACUUGCCAAAGGACAAGCUAAUUUGUCUUCUGAAUCUCCUUUCAAUGUAAGCAAUGAUCUUUUCAAUGAUCUUGAACACUGGACAGUGUUUUGUUGCCAUAACCAGACAUCACAUGUCAUUGAUUCUGUAUUCAAUGUUGCCCUUGUGGUGAGAGAUGUGGAUGAAGUAACCAAAAGAGUGGAGACACAAGGAGGUCGUGUUCUUCGGAAGCCAACAGUUUUAAAAGAUAGCCAUGGGCAGGUCAAGUACUCAAUUGUAACUUCAUGCCUUGGUAAUGUUGUCCACACUCUGAUUGACAAGCAAGAUUAUUCUGGGGAAUUUCUUCCUGGAUUUGAAAGUUUUCGGACUGAUAAUAAUGAAUCCUGUCCUUUAAACUCUGAAAGAGAUGGAGAGGAGCACACUGCUGUGGAUGGACUUCAGCAACAACCUGUGACAAAUUAUUCAAAUUUCACCGUAAAUGCUAACCUGAAUAGUGAUCCUCUGUUCACUCAUUUUGACCACCUAGCAUUUGCUUGUGAAGCUGGGAAGUCAGAGGGACUGAUUGAGUGGUAUCAGCGCUGUUUUGGCAUGAAAAGAUUUGCAGCAAACAGGGAGGACACCAAUGAAGAAGGCUUUGUUCUUGGGGAAAACAUUGGCAUGCGAAUCAAGGCCAUGGAGUACUGGAGGUGUGCUGAGGUUGGCUUGACUUUGCCCUCAGCUACUGAAGAGAACUCUUCACUGAAGAUGGUCUUAGCAGAACCUCUAGUUGGGUAUGAGAAAAGCCAAAUUAACACCUUCCUACAUAAUCACAAAGGCCCUGGGGUGCAGCACAUUGCCUUGCACACCCCAAACAUGGUAUCCAGUGUGAAACGUGCAUCACAACAAGGGGUCACCUUUAGAAAAGCCCCUCCUGCAUAUUAUCAAGAGGGAAUAAGACUGGAGGAUAUCAAAGCAGCAGGCCAUGGGGAUGAAAUUGAUCUGUUUCAAGCAUUAGGCAUCCUAUUGGACAUAGAGGAUGAUGUCUUCUGUGACAAAGAAGACCACCAAGAGGGAAAAAAGUACCUGCUACAAGUGUUUACAACUCCGAUCUUUCAAGAGGAUACCUUUUUCAUGGAGGUGAUCCACCGGAAGGGAGCCGUAGGCUUUGGUGCUGGCAACAUCAGAGCACUUGCCCAAUCCAUUGUUUGUGAUGAGCAGCAGAAGAAGGCCAGACUUUCCCAGUCCAUCAUUUAUGAUCAACAGCAAAAGAAUGAAGCCAAAAUAUGCUACUGAUGUGGGAGGAUGCUGAGUGAAAGACUGCUCUGUAAUCAGUGAUGAUGAAGGAACUCCUGACCAAGACCAAGGCCAAAACAUCAAGAUCUGUGGAAAGAGUAGUGUGAUAGUGUACAUAUUUUAAAACAUUGUAAAGUGUUGUGCAAAAAUGUAAUUUAUGAUAUUAUGAA